AUGAACGCGAUCAAGAAGAGGCUGCAGACCCUGAAGGUGGAGAAGGACCUCGCCCUGGACAGGGCGGACGCCUGCGAUCAGCAGGUGAGAGAGGCAAAUAGAAGAGAGGAGAAGCUGAGAGACGAGGUCAGGGAUCUCGCCAAGAAGCUGGCCCAGAUGGAGAGGGACCUGGCCGAGAGCAAGGACCAGCUGGGAAGGUCCAACUGGGAGCUGGACCAGAAGGAGAGGGUCUUCAUGGUGACGCAAUCGGAGCUGGCCGUGCUGAAUCGGAAAAUGCAGCAGAGCAUGCAAAAUCUGGAGAAAACCGAGGAAAGACGACUCUGCGCUCAGGCGAAGCUCACCCAGGCCCUGGAGACUGCUGAAGACGCUAAACGGAUCUGCAAGGUCCUGGAGAACAGGAGCAAGCUCGACGAGGAGAGGAUGGAUCAGCUGACUGCUCAGCUGAAGGAAGCCAGGUUGAUCGCGGAAGACGCCGAUGCAAAGUCGGAUGAAAUCUCCCGGAAGCUGGCCUUCGUGGAGGACGAGCUCGAGGCUGCCGAAGAGAGGGUUAAAGUGAGCGAGGCGAAAAUCGUCGAGAGGGAGGACGAGCUCUUCAUCGUGGGGAACAUCUUAAAAUCCCUCGAGGUGUCCGAAGAGAAGGCGAACCAGAGAGUGGAGGAGUUCAAGGCGCAGUUGAAGACCCUGAAGGUGAAGCUGAAGGAAGCCGAGAGACGCGCCGUGACGGCUGAAAAAAUGGUCAGGUCUUUCCUGAAGGAGCUGGACGAGAGAGAAGACAACCUGCUCAAGCAGAAGGAGAAGUACAAGUACAUCUGCGACGACAUGGACUCCACCUUCGCCGAGCUGACGGGGUACUAA